UCACACGGCGGGUCUGGGACUAGGCGCUCACUAGAGGAGACUGCACGGGCAGCUCCGCGGUCCCCCAGGCUCAGGCUCUCCAUCCCAGCCGUGCUUAUCGAACAGGCUCCAGCUGUAGCAACUAGCCGAGCGCUACGACGGCCUAGAUGUGGGGCAGAGUUAGAUGUGAAACCUCCUCAAUGCGCGGCGAUAGGCUGCAACCGAAGUCUGAAGAUUGCGAAAGCGCCACGACGCCGCCGCUGCUCUUCGGCCGCCCACUCGGCUACAGCCACCAUUUCCACGCUCCACCAAUCGAAUCCAUGGUUGAGGAAGACGCACCGCCCCCACACGCCCUACCAAUCGCGCGCGCUCCGGUUGCGCCGACGCCUUGUAGGCUCCGGUUCCACCUUUGCUUUUGCUCCUUUGCCGGCCUUCCCUUUCGGACUUGCGCAGUCGGAGGAAGGCGAGCUCGCGCGCAGCUUACCGCGCAUGUGCGUUGCCAGAGGUAACGCAGGUAGCCAAAGUGGCUUGCGGAGUGGCUACCGUUACUGGUUACUGAGGCGGUUGCCGAGACUGUAGCAGAGACGGGGAGGAGGAGCCCGAGGCGUGAGGGAAUCCGCGAUGAGGGCCGUGUUGACGUGGAGAGAUAAAGCCGAGCACUGUAUAAAUGACAUCGCAUUUAAGCCUGAUGGAACCCAACUGAUUUUGGCUGCUGGAAACAGAUUACUGGUUUAUGACACCUCUGAUGGCACCUUACUUCAGCCCCUCAAGGGACACAAGGACACUGUAUACUGUGUGGCAUAUGCAAAGGAUGGCAAGCGCUUUGCUUCUGGAUCAGCUGACAAAAGCAUUAUUAUCUGGACAUCAAAACUGGAAGGCAUUCUGAAGUACACGCACAAUGAUUCUAUACAGUGUGUCUCCUACAAUCCUGUUACUCAUCAACUGGCAUCUUGUUCCUCCAGUGAUUUUGGGUUGUGGUCUCCUGAACAGAAGUCUAUCUCCAAACACAAAUCAAGCAGCAAGAUCAUCUGCUGCAGCUGGACAAAUGAUGGUCAGUACCUGGCGCUGGGAAUGUUCAAUGGGAUCAUCAGCAUACGGAACAAAAAUGGCGAGGAGAAAGUGAAGAUUGAGCGGCCGGGGGGCUCCCUCUCGCCAGUAUGGUCCAUCUGCUGGAACCCUUCAAGCCGAUGGGAGAGUUUCUGGAUGAACAGAGAUAAUGACGAUGCCGAGGAUGUCAUUGUCAACAGAUAUUUUCAGAAAAUCCCUUCUACUCUGAAAUCAGCGGCGUACAGUAGUCAGGGUAGUGAGGCAGAGGAGGAAAAACCAGAGGAAGAAGAAGACGACUUAGAGGAGCAUAAUGACAUCCUGGCUGUGGCUGACUGGGGACAAAAACUUUCCUUCUACCAACUGAGUGGAAAACAGAUUGGAAAGGAUCGGGUACUGAAUUUUGACCCCUGCUGCAUCAGCUACUUUACUAAAGGGGAGUACAUUUUGCUGGGGGGUUCAGACAAGCAAGUGUCUCUUUUCACCAAGGAUGGAGUGCGGCUUGGGACUGUUGGGGAGCAGAACUCCUGGGUGUGGACGUGUCGAGUGAAACCGGAUUCCAACUAUGUGGUGGUUGGCUGCCAGGAUGGCACCAUUUCCUUCUACCAGCUUAUUUUCAGCACAGUCCAUGGGCUCUACAAGGACCGUUAUGCCUACAGGGAUAGCAUGACUGAUGUCAUUGUGCAGCACCUGAUCACUGAGCAGAAAGUUCGGAUGAAAUGCAAAGAGCUUGUCAAGAAGAUUGCCAUCUACAGAAAUCGAUUAGCUAUCCAACUGCCAGAGAAAAUCCUCAUCUAUGAGUUGUAUUCAGAGGACUCAUCAGACAUGCAUUACCGGGUAAAGGAGAGGAUUGUGAAGAAGUUUGAGUGCAACCUCCUGGUGGUCUGUGCCAAUCAUAUCAUCCUGUGCCAGGAGAAACGGCUGCAGUGUCUGUCCUUCAGCGGAGUGAAGGAGCGGGAAUGGCAGAUGGAGUCUCUAAUUCGUUAUAUCAAGGUGAUCGGUGGCCCUCCUGGAAGGGAAGGCCUGUUAGUGGGGCUGAAGAAUGGACAGAUCCUGAAGAUAUUCGUGGAUAAUCUCUUUGCGAUCAUCCUGCUGAAGCAGGCCACAGCUGUGCGCUGCUUGGACAUGAGUGCCUCCCGUAAGAAGCUGGCUGUGGUAGAUGAAAAUGACACUUGCUUGGUGUAUGAUAUUGACACCAAGGAGCUGCUUUUUCAGGAACCAAACGCCAACAGUGUGGCCUGGAACACCCAGUGUGAGGACAUGCUCUGCUUCUCGGGAGGAGGCUACCUCAACAUCAAAGCCAGCACCUUUCCUGUGCACCGGCAGAAGCUGCAGGGCUUCGUGGUCGGCUACAACGGCUCCAAGAUCUUCUGCCUCCACGUCUUCUCCAUUUCUGCAGUGGAGGUGCCGCAGUCUGCUCCCAUGUACCAGUACCUGGAUAGGAAAAUGUUCAAGGAAGCCUACCAGAUUGCUUGCUUGGGAGUGACAGACACUGAUUGGCACGAGCUGGCCAUGGAAGCACUAGAAGGUUUAGAUUUUGAAACAGCAAAGAAGGCCUUCAUCAGAGUACGAGACCUCCGAUACUUAGAGCUCAUCAGCAGCAUUGAGGAGAGGAAGAAGCGGGGAGAGACCAACAAGGACCUGUUUCUGGCAGAUGUGUUUUCCUACCAGGGGAAGUUCCAUGAGGCCGCCAAACUGUACAAGAGGAGCGGGCACGAGAACCUCGCACUUGAAAUGUACACCGACCUCCGCAUGUUUGAGUAUGUCAAGGAUUUCCUUGGAUCUGGAGACCCCAAAGAAAUAAAGAUGCUAAUCACCAAACAGGCUGACUGGGCCAGGAAUAUCAAGGAGCCCAAAGCCGCCGUGGAGAUGUACAUCUCAGCUGGAGAGCAUGUCAAGGCUAUCGAGAUCUGUGGCCACCAUGGAUGGGUUGACAUGUUGAUCGACAUCGCCCGCAAGCUGGACAAGGCUGAGCGCGAGCCGCUGCUGCUGUGCGCUACCUACCUCAAGAAGCUGGACAGCCCCGACUAUGCUGCCGAGACCUACCUGAAGAUGGGUGACCUCAAGUCCCUGGUGCAGCUGCAUGUGGAGACCCAGCGCUGGGAUGAGGCCUUUGCUUUGGGUGAGAAGCAUCCUGAGUUUAAGGAUGACAUAUACGUGCCCUAUGCUCAGUGGCUAGCAGAGAACGAUCGCUUUGAGGAAGCCCAGCAAGCAUUCCACAAGGCUGGGCGACAGAGAGAAGCAGUCCAGGUGCUGGAGCAGCUCACAGACAAUGCUGUGGCAGAGAGCAGGUUUAAUGAUGCUGCCUAUUAUUACUGGAUGCUAUCCAUGCAGUGCCUCGAUAUAGCUCAAGCAGAUCCUGCCCAGAAGGAUGUGAUGCUUGGCAAGUUCCACCACUUUCAGCGUUUGGCAGAGCUGUACCAUGCCUACCAUGCCAUCCAUCGCCACACGGAGGAUCCCUUCAGUGUCCACGGGCCUGAAACUCUUUUCAACAUCUCCAGGUUCCUGCUGCACAGCCUGCCCAAGGACACCCCCUCGGGCAUCUCUAAAGUGAAAAUACUCUUCACCCUGGCCAAGCAGAGCAAGGCCCUGGGCGCGUACAGGCUGGCCCGACAUGCCUAUGACAAGCUGCAAGGCCUGUACAUCCCUGCCAGAUUCCAAAAGUCCAUCGAGCUGGGUACCCUGACCAUCCGUGCCAAGCCAUUCCACGACAGUGAGGAACUGGUGCCCUUGUGCUACCGCUGCUCCACCAACAACCCGCUGCUCAACAACCUGGGCAACGUCUGCAUCAACUGCCGCCAGCCCUUCGUCUUCUCUGCCUCUUCCUAUGAUGUGCUACACCUGGUUGAGUUCUGCCUGGAGGAGGGGAUCACUGACGAAGAAGCCAUCUCUCUCAUAGACCUGGAGGCACCGAGACCCAAGCGAGAGGACAGACAGCGGGAGACCAUAAACAACAGCUCCCAGAUUCUGCAGCUAGUGGAGACCAAGGAUUCCAUGGGAGAUGAGGACCCGUUCACAGCUAAGCUGAGCUUUGAGCAGGGCGGCUCAGAGUUUGUGCCGGUGAUGGUGAGCCGUCUGGUGCUGCGCUCCAUGAGCCGCCGGGACGUUAUCAUCAAGCGCUGGCCCCCGCCCCUGAGGUGGCAGUACUUCCGCUCACUGCUGCCUGACGCCUCCAUUACCAUGUGCCCCUCCUGCUUCCAGAUGUUCCACUCUGAGGACUACGAGCUGCUGGUUCUUCAGCACGGCUGCUGCCCGUACUGCCGCAGGCGCAAGGACGACCCUGGCCCAUGACCAGCACCCUGGGGACAGUCUGCACCGUCUGCCUGCCUUGCGAUCUGCUGGACUUUGAAGGCGAAUAAAGAGUUAAACUGUCAGAA